AUGGACCACCUGGGUCUUUUCGGGUUCGAAGUUUGCCAAACCAUUUCUGGUGGGCCCUUGGAAUUGAUGGGGGACCUGGGACAAAACUUUGGAGAAACGAUGAGGACCUUGGCAACCGCCAAGCAUCUCGGCAGCGAGGCGGUGCAGCUUGCAGUGUUCAAACUCCUCGGGGAACACGUGCUGGAGAGAAUGUUUGAUUCUGCACCAGCAGAACUGGCAGAUUCCCUCCUGGCCAUUGCAGUCUUUUGCUGUAGCCGCCACCAUCGCUUGCCAGAUCCCGCUUUGGAAGCGCCAUGGCACCCUGCCGUCUUCGUGGCUGCAGCAGGAUGUUUGCAAAGACAGGUUCACGAGUUGCCAGCGGAGGUCUUGUUGAAGUGCCUCAGGCUCCUUGGUGUUCCAACAGCCGAGGCUGCACCCCAGCAACAGCCGCAUUACUUCUUCAUUCAGAACCCAGAUGGAAGCCGCACCCAACACUUCGGAAUCCCUCCCGCAGAGUAUCAGCAGGCGAAGGGUGGUGAAGAUCGGAAUCAUGGACUGUUGGUGGUUGAGAUCCUUUCCUUUAUUUGA